CUAAAUUUGUUUGUCGGCAGGAACAUGGAAGUGAUCGGUAUAGUGGGGGAGGGCAGGGAGGACGCGUGGGGCCGCACCAUGACGCCCCCGCGGCUGCUGAUGCAGCGCGUGCACAUACCUUUUACCUUCAAACUGCAGGAGAACGCGCCACUUGGAUAUAGCGGCGUGAACUGCUGCGUGUCGUCGACAGUGCGGUACUGGCACGCGAGCUGGUGGGGCGCGCCGGUGCGGGAGCUCCAUCACACACUGUGGGGCUCGCUCGCGGACAUACUCGCCUCCACGCAUCUCAACUUUACCAAAAGCAACCCGCACGAUGAGAAAGCGUUGAGGCUGUCUACAGCGGAAACGUUGCAGUUAGGUCCGCCGCCGCGAACCUGCUACCCGCUGGUGGUGAUACUGGCGCGGGACCUCCGGGACACUGGGGAGCUGCGGCCCGAUGAUACGGUGGCGUUGGUGAGCGUGGUGCAUAUCAGAGACGAACAGUGUCCACUGCCGAGCGGUGUUAUCGCGCAGUACCUCAAGCAGGCGAACGGACACCUCUCGUGCUUAAAGCAAUUGUACGUGAGCGGCGAGUGCGGCGGCGAGGCGGACUACGCGUCGGACUCUGCGCAGGCGGCGGAGGCGCUGUGCUGCGUGUGCGCCGCGCAGCCGCUGUCGCGCGCGCUGCUGCCGUGCCGGCACGCAUGUUUGUGCGCGCGCUGUCUGCCGAAACUGGACAAGUGUCCGAUAUGUCGCAGCGUGAUCACGAGCUACUUCUGCAUCCGCAACGAGGACGACCUCGCCGAGAUGAAGCAGCAACGGUUCCCGUUCAACCGGCGGCUGUUCAACCUGUUCCACUACCAUUAGCGACGGCGGCCGUGCGAUGUGAUCUCGUCGGGUGGAAAAUCCGUGAACGAAGAAAACACUGCGCGAGUGAAUUUUGAUUGUUUAAGAAGUGAUAAAAACUCGAACUGAAAAAACACGUGUAACAUUGAUGUGUAAUUUUUAAAUACCAAAAAAAAUUACGUAAAUCAUUUUGUGAAGUGAUAUAACCUUUUUACAUUUUUUGUGUUUUUUUUUUCUGAAAAGACAAGGUUUUUACGAAUGGCUUGUGGAAGGUAUAUCAUUAAAAUUAAUUACACGGCAAAAAAAACGUUUUGUUUUUUUUUUCUUUAGACAUCGAAUAUACCUCGCACACGCCAUUCGUGAACUUUAUAUGAAACAAUAGACUGUAACUUCAAGUCUUAGUUUAAAAUGUGUCGAUAAAACAGCGUGCUUAAGACGAAAAAUACAUUCUUACGUCUGUCACUGCCAUCUGCUUAAUAUUGUAAUUUUAGUCGUAGCUUUAAUUUGUAAAAUUCUAUUCUGCUGAAGCAUAUUUUCCUUAAAUAAAAUAAUCAUUUGUUGCCAUCGCAUACUUUCAUCGUAGUUUAAUAUUUGCCACUGUUUUAUAGCUUUACAAUUUUUUUUUAUGUCAUUAAAAGAAUUUUUUUUUCACCACCUUUAAAAAACAAAAAAAAAUUAUCGACACAUAUUAUAUGUAAUAAAACAAAAAAUAUUAAUUUAAGUGUGGGUGCAAAAUAUGGAACUGUGAUAAAACGAGAUGCUUUGUGAAUUUGCUAACUUGUAAAUAUGUAGUAUAAAGUUUAAAAUUGUUUGUGUCCGUACUAGUGUUUUGAUAUGAAAGUACAGUAUGAUUGUAACGUAUUAUAAGAAAACAUGUAAAAAGACAAAAAAUAUUCUGCAGACUUGCGCGUGGAGUUAUGUCGUCCCUUGAUAGUCAAUUUGUGUGUUGUGAAUGACUUGAAAAUGAGCAAUAUAUUAUAGCUUAAAUUUGCCUAAUGCAAGCUGUAAUCUUUGUUAAAUUCACUAGUUUAAUUUCUAAAACAUUUGAGUUUAGGCAGCUUGCUUUGAAAAAAUCUUAAAAAAAUGCUCGAUAUUUUGAAAAACAAAUUCAGACAUCGGGCUUCAUCCAAAUUGUGAUAUUUAUUUGUUAUAGAGAGAGGUAUGGCGUAAUUCCACGCAAAUUUGUGACACCGCAGUGUCCCUAUAAUUAACUAAUUAAUUUUAACCCCCUGACGUCUUGAAACCCCUGUAAGGGCCAUAUAAAAACACCAAUGACAAUGAACAAUAAAUUUUACAAUAUAUCAGAGGUCCAACUAUACACAGUAGCCAUGAAAUGUAGCGUUUACAAAAAAAAUACAGAAAUACAAAAACAUUUCACAUAAUCGCCUAAAUCUAUAGAUCAAUUCUCUUUUAUAUUCGCAUCUUUUAAGUCGUUAGAAAAAAUAUCUUUAAUUAUCUUGUAACCUCAAAACUCUUUUGCAAUUAACUUCUUAUGAAAUAUCGGGUAUUUUCGCUAGGUCGUGAUGUUGUCACACGAAAAAUAUAAUUGUAAUUAAUGUCUACUUAUCAUCAAAGCUAGAAAUCCCCAUUCCUUACUCUUUAAACUUUUAAUAUUGUACUGUAAUGUUUAGAUUUCUUAUUGCGAAUACGACUCGCGCAGUUAAACAAUGCGACGGUAGAUGGCGCUAUUUAUACGCUUUGUUUCAGUCUUUCUCGCACUAGCUUGUAAGGACAACAAAAUAAGCGCUACUGUAUGUUUAUUUCUUACUAGAUGGCCUUUUUGUAGACAUUUCAAAACAAAAACAAGCAAUUACGACUUGCAUCUUAUUUAUACUAACACAACUUUUUUGCUGACUCUAUUUUCAAACAUUGUUUAAUUGCGCGCCUUGUACCGUUAGUAGUUUCACGAUAUAAGCUAAUCGACGCGAAUAAAAUAUUUUUAUAUGGUCCACCGUAUUUAUAUUGUAAAUAAUUUGUAUCCGUGUAGUCUUCCAAACUAGUGUUCUAAUUUAGAUCUCAUUAAUCGACUUUGUAUAAAUUGGCAAAAUGUAAUCGCCUCAAAAUGGCGGAAUCCGAGUCACCAAUCGUCUGGGAUAGUCAAAGUAACUAGCAUUGAUAAAUACAGCGUAACUAAAGUAUCCAAAUUGAGAUUAAUGAAAUAAAUAUGGGGACGUUCAGUUCGAAAUCCCCCUUAAAUAUAUGUUUGAUACUUCGCAGUAUUUACCAGUGCUUACUACGCUGCAUUUUAGUCAUCUACUUAAGUAGCUACAUUCAACACUUCCAAUCCCAAUUUUAUUUUCACAAUAACGAAAUAAAAGAUAUUUACUUUACUUCGCAUAAAGAAAUUACCAUUAAAAAUAACGUGUACAGGCGAUUUGAAGUUUUGAAUUUACAGCUACUUUUGUGUCUGACUGUACUAACCUCGACGCAAUGUAUUUUAAAAAUUAUUUGCCAAAGUGCCAAAAUGGUGAAUAGUUGAACUCGGAGACCCGAAAUGUAAAUUGGCAUCUAUCAUACCAUUAGGAAUUUAAAAUGUGUAAUAAAGAACUCGAGUCAAAUAAGUGGCACUCUUUAAAGGUCCCCAUAAUGUAUGACUAAAUAUCGAUAAAAAGCUAAGUCAACUUCUGAGGCUCUGCAACAUCUUAAACGUAUUAAUUUAUCGAUAAUUGUCGAUGAACUUUGAACGAGUCUGUUAACAUUAUUUCAUAGACAUUACUAAAAUACUAUACAAAAUAUAAGCCUUUGAGACUAUGAAGGUAAUACGACAUAGUUUAUCUAUGAACGUUGCAAUAAAAUUUAUCGACUGAUCAAAUUUGUCGAGUGUGAAUAAUAAAAAAAUAUAAAAAAAAUCCUACAUUUAAUAAGAGGGAAGGAUUUUUUUUAAAUAUUUUCCUACUUAUCAUUAAUAAUUAUUAAAGUAUUUCGACGUACAGUAUGGCUGCUCAGUCGUUGCCGGCCUGAAGUUAAUCACGAGUGGCGAUAAAGCCAUCGUCACUACAGGACAGAGAACAUGUGUUGUGACUACCUUCAAACCGGCACAGACAUUGCGGGCUAUGUUGUUAUCGACAUUUGCACAUGCAUUCAAAAGAAAUAUGUGCUAUUUGUUAUUUUUUUCCUUUCCCUUUAAUGUACCGUUUAUGGGGUGGAUAGGGAAAAGUAUAUUUAAAUUAUUUAUACUAAAUUAAAUUCAUAUUUUUGUUUUGUCCUACUACUUAUAUAUUUUAUACUACUACUACUAUAUUUUUUUAAACGGGCUCGAUAGUGACCCCACUGCUCCGAUGGUACAUGGUGUAAGGUCUAAAUAGGGUGUCGAAUGAUGAGACAUGAUUAACCUUCACCAGUCGAUACAAUUAUGCCGGCCUUUUUGAAAAUUUAUCCCUAUUCGCCCCCUUCAUCCCCAUUGAACCCUCUGACCGUUUCGCAUAAACGUGAGAGCAACAGGAGGUGCCGUCCACAACUAUGAGAAGCGAAUGAAGCCAACUGCCCGCUCCCUUACGUUUGUACGCCAUAACUUAGAAAUUUUAAUGUUGCAAUUAAAUACGUUCCUAUUUU